AUGCUUCGACGACUCUCUCUCUCCAUCGAGGCCAUGGGCGCCGUGCGCACCAUCGUCGUGUUCAGCCAACAGCACCACAUCCUUGAGAGCAACCAGAAAGCCCGCAGCAGCCCCAGCAACGUCUGGAUCGAGGACUGGGAGGUGGAAAACCACGGACUUUCCCCUGAGCCUGGUGCGGUGCCGACGCAGCUGCUCCUGGACAAGCCGCUGGAGCUCUUCAAUUUUGAUCAGCUCCUUUCCCCUCCAGAGGUGAUGGAGGCGCCGAGACACAGCAGCUACAGUUCCCGAAAGAUGUACGGCGAAAAGCUGCAGUUUGAGCUCAAUGACCGUGCCCAGAAGCACGGAUUUCAGAGCAAAUGGUGGCUGACGCGGGCGCAGGCCAUAAAGAACUCGCUCACCUUCAAGGGCAAUGCGCGUAGCUCCAUUAUCUUGACGAAGAGCUCGCUCAAACUGUUUCACUCCAGCCAACUCAUUGGUGGGGAAGCCUUAAUGACACACCCCGUCUCUGGGGGGUCGAGGAAGCUGUACAGCAAGAAAGGCGAGGCCUACCAGAUCCUCUGUGAUCACAUCCGCCAGAAUAAAUUUAACAGUGGCCUCCACUUCACGACGCGCCAACUGGAAUUCUUUAAGCUUGUGGUGCAGCCGAACCAAACUCCAGUGACGCUUGACGUUUCCUCUGGGGAACGGUACCUCAUCUUCAAUGUGGAGCAGCUCGAGGACCCGGAGCUUGCGCUCAAGACACUCGAUCGCUCUCCUGUGAACAUCCCAACAUUCCUCCUCUCUGGCGAGCCAAUCCAGCACGAGAGCAUGAAGAAGCUUCCCAAAUUUAAGAGCAAUUAUUGGCUGAGUGGCCGCGACGCCGAGCUGUACCAAUGGCCAAUUAAGGAGUCGGAAAAGAGAAAGGGUGUGCCGCUGCGCAAUGAGGGGGCAGCCUCUCUGCAGGUUGAGCUGUACAACGUGGAGCAGCUUAGUAACCCAGAGGAGGCCUUCGCCAAGGCCGGUCUCUUCGUCCAGUAG